ACUUGAGCUAGGUGUCACACAAAAGUCAAAUAAAUAGUAAACCAAAAUCCGAAUAUGUUUUACAUACUUUAAAGUUUAGUUUUUUUUUUUUCCAAACACACGCAAAACAAGAUUAAAUCAAUUUAAAAUAAAACAUUAUAAUGGCCGAUCAAAGUAAAAACCGUAUGAACCUAGCAGCCAUCAAAAGAGUAGAUCCAUAUGCAAAAGACAUAGUAGACUCAACAGCACAUGUGGCAUUCUACACAUUCAAUUCCGACGAAAACGAAUGGGAAAAGACCGAUGUUGAAGGAGCUUUCUUCAUCUACAGCCGCAAUGCCGAACCAUUCAAUAGUAUUUUCAUCAAUAAUCGUCUAAAUACAACUUCUUUUGUCGAACCCAUAACCGGGCAAUUAGAAAUUCAAUCACAGGCACCAUUCCUCUUAUAUCGCAAUGAAAGAUCCAGAAUUCGAGGAUUUUGGUUCUACAACAGCUCCGAAUGCGAUCGCAUUGGUGACCUUGUUUGCAGCUUAAUUCAAGAUUGUGUUGUGAAACAAAAAACGUCCGGAACUGCGGCCAAUCAAAGUGUUAACAUAUUCAAUAUGCUUAGCAAAGCACAACAAGAUUUUCAAAGUGGUUUAAAUACCGGCGGCGGUGGUGGCGGCGGAGGAGGCGGCGGCAACAAUCAACAAGAUUUGGGUUCCCGGAACGUGAUGAACUUUUUUGCAGCUGCCAAGCCGACGCCGUCGUCUGAAUUGCCACUCUUCCGACGUCUCUUGUCAAACACCCUCUCUGUUGAACAAUUGGAGAAGCAACAAGUUAAAGCGCCACUGAACGAAACCUUGCAACAACUACCCAAAAUAGAACCCGAAUUGAUGAGCAAAAUCAACUUGCUAAAGAAACCAGAACAACCUAAAUGUGAUUUGGAAAUGUCCCCCCUUGCAAAGUUCCUUAACAUACAGAAUAUAAUGAAACCGUCGUCGGCCUCACUCAACAAAGAUUCUGAACUCCCAAAGAAUGCAGUAGUACGACACCCAGUGGAACAGCCAAGUGCCCCUAAGCCAGCUUUAAUGCCUCCAACGAUGUUUGAAAAGUCGAUAAAAGUUGAUAAAAUUGCUCAGGAUUCGAGUGUAACUUGUAAUCCUGUUAAACCAUUAACACAGUCGCAGCUUGUAAAGACUAUUUGUUAUUUAAUCAAAAACGAUUCGGAAUUUGUAAGGAAAAUCCAUGAGGCCUAUGUGAAGCAAUUCUCUGAGAUAUCUAAUGACUUUUUGGAUGAUUAGAUUAAAGUAUUUAUUCACACACACACCACAAAAAACAUUAUAGUGUUACUCCAUUAGAGAAAGAUUUAUAGAAAUUUUAUUCUUAAAAAGGAUUGUUGGCGUUUUUUCUUUUCAUUUUUUCUUU